AUGUGUGGCGAGAAGUGCUUUGACGAGAACAAGGGCUGGUACACUGGCAGUAUGAGGUCCUCGGAGAUAAUGGUGCCCCGCGCGGCGCUGGCAUGCACCAGCUACGUACUGGAUGGCGAGAGGAUGGGACUCCGAGUCUUCAUGGCCCACAUGCAACAUCUCAUGGAGAUGGUCUGGGAUGGCAAGGAGUAG